AUGGCCUCAAUCGAAAAUUACUCCUCAGGCCGGAAACUGAAGACAUAUGGACGAGCGUCUCGAAGCAUCGGAUAUAGCCCUUUAUUGAGACCGGGAUCCGAACGCGGUGACCAUUGCCAGGUCUUAUCGUCAACGAAAGAGGAAAGUGGACGUGUAGAACAGUGUGAAGUAUAUAACAAGGGCGUCACAGAAACCCCGCGCAAGCUGUCCCAAACCACAUACUCGAAACCCUUGAAACCUACGACAACCGGGAAGCAGACUCCCAUCACGAAAAUAGGCCACGAUGUCUAUGAUAUCCCUUCAUCAGAUGAUGAGCUGCGUAAUAGAAUGGAUGCAAGAAAACGGCGGAAGUUAGAGGCGCCAAAAGACCGAUGGAAGUCACCGGUGGUGAAUCGCGUUGUCCCAAAUCCCAUUACGUUACCAAGAGCCAGCGAUAGGAUGUUGAAAAAACCAAAAAGUUCUAUUAAGAAUGCCAAUCAAGGAAAUACAAUCAAGGCUCCUGGGGUAGAUGUUGUCAUUAAAACACCGCUAUCCGCUAAAGCAAAGGGGUUUUCAAAGCUUUGGCAACGACAAGCUAGGAAUUGCUCUUCCACAAAGCCUCCUGGAAAACUGUUUCAGCGCGAGUUGGACCGCACACUACACCGCCGAGAUCUUUCUGCAUCAAGUGCUACGAAGCCGCCUAUUCCACCGCAACUCUCGCGUACACCAUCCCAAAAGUUGAAGGAGAUGACAGAAUAUUUAUCCCUUGAAUCCCCUUAUACCCUCCCGCUCAAGCGCACACUAUCCAGCGAAAAUUAUUUCUCACCAACCUGUGGCGCCGAGAUUUCAGUAACUCCAUCGCGCACGAGGCUAAUGGAUGCUUUGAAUACUCGAGAAUCAGAAAGUUCUGACAACUCAAGCGAUUCUGGUACAGGUCUUCGACAAGAUCAACUGCGUAAUUCAAGCGGAAAUUCCCAGGCUUCCUCUACUGCACCAACGACAGUAGACUCCGAAUCGUGUGUCAGUCCUGCAUCCCGUCACCCUCGCCGACGGCCGGCCUCGCAAGCCGCACAUCAACUACAGCAAAACGGGUUAAGAGUUACCUAUGCUCGACAGAGGUCCUUUUUGACGGAAAACGAUCUAAACUCGAACUUGACUGGUUAUUCAAACCCAGCAUCUAAUUCUCAGGAUGACCCGCUCCUUGAUUUCGCUACCAGUUUACUACCACCCAAGCUUGAGACCAACCUGCAAGACCCCGAUGAGGGCAAUGAUAUGGGUGUUGGCUCUAUAAGGAGCAUAUACGAACUCAGGCGUGCAGGUGGUAAUGCGAGAUACCAGGCCGUCACUGAGUCCAUCUUCGAAGAUCUUGAAGAUAAAACGUCUACGACAUCAAGGAGGCGCAGUGGUUUUAUGCAGCUAUGCUCUAAGCUCAUAGAUGUAGACUUCGCACGUCGAUUUGUGAGUGGCUCUCUUGAGAAGAGGCUAUCUCGCUGUACUGCGAAAGAACGUGAUAUUAUUUGCAACUUUUUGGCUGUGUGCAUCUACACAAUUCUUCUUACCUCAGCACCUAACUCUCCGGUGACUUUACACACUUGCUUCACGCAAAUAAUCCAUGCCGCUAUUUCCCUUAUUCCCGAAAGCCGGGAUAUCUCGGAGCUAGCCAAGCUCCGCGAAAGCAACAUGACAAAGGCAGGCCAGUCCAGUCUACAGGACCUUCAUUCACAACUCCGCCAGAGUAAGAUGUGGUCCGACCUAACUUCGGCUAGAUUGUCACCACAAAAUGUGGCACUUCGAUCCUUGGAGGUUGCCGUUCGGAAAAUGCGAGAAGGGGGCGAUCAAACCGCAAAAAUUCCUAGCUCUGUUCUUGCGCGAGUGGUUGGCCUUCUCUUGCAACAUUCACAGGACGGCGCAAAGGGAGAUUUGUUUAUACUUGAGAUUACAUUCUCAAUUCUAGAGUCGUAUACCGUUGGCUUGCCAAGCUUGGACGGGGAAGAGGAGAAGAUUCUCCAAAGUCUUUCGCGGCUGGGGUCGCUACUGGCCCAGCUGAUCGAGAGAUCCGACGCACCGAGCCGGCAAAUUCAGAUUCUCCAAAUUCGACUUAUUCUUAACAUCACGAAUAACAACCCAUCUCUCUGCGAAGACUUUGCAACCUCCGAUUUGAUUGGCGCGCUCGCCCGGCUCGUCUUGUCGAACUUUGGCGCUGUGGCUGAAGAUUUAGCCAGUAGUGAAAAGAAAGAGUCUCUGUUGGAUACGGUUAUUCUUGCGCUAGGGACAUUGAUUAAUUUAACCGAAUGGAGUAGGACGUCGCGGCAAUUAUUUUUACGGAUGAAACAUGGAUCUACAGUUUUGGUUGACGGGCUUACGGAGUUGUUUGUCGAGGGGCUGGAGACCAUCUCUGAGGCCGAUUCCGUUGUGCAAACACACUCCAAUGUAGCUUUUGGAUACCUUUCCGUUCUGCUCAGCACGUUAUGCCUGGAAGACGACGUGCGCAACCAAGUGCGCAGCCAGAUGCGCGGCAACAACAUCGGGCGCCUCCUUUCCAUUGUUGACGAGUUCCUACAUUACUAUCGGAAAGUGGACGAGGAGCUGGAUGGACCUGUUUUGGAAGAAGAUACCGUGUCCGACUUCACGGCGCGGCUGCAGAGCAUUGUGGAUCGGAUCCGCGAAGUAGAGGGACUGAGGAGGUGA